AUACAUAUAUGUUUUUGCAUGUAAUGCUGCGUCCUGUGUAUUUCUGCAUCCGUAUACAGACGCAGCAAUGCAAACUUAGUAAUAUUAUACAGAAUGAAAUUAAAUGCGUGCAAGUAAAUUUUCAGCCGGACGUUAAAAUGAUGGAGCAGUAGAAAAUAGUGUAUAAUUUAGUUCUCAAAUGUCGCGAUUUACGCGCUAGAGUCGGGGCUUGUAUAUUAUAUUGCUUUUCACCAUUACGACUUUGCUGCGUCAUGAUGGCUUGGCAACAGGGCAUCAUCGUUUAACGUACAUAAUUCGUAGUGUAAAUUAGUUUUAUCUGUGAUUUAGACGCAGCAGUGAACACGUGAAUAUGAAUGAAAAAAAAGAGAGUCCUACGAAUUCAAGAACAGCAAAAAUAAUGAGCUUAGUAAAGCAUCUAAUAUUUUUACCAAAAUAUGAAACUACCAAAGGAUUAAGUUCAGAAAAUCGGAAUACUGCAAUAACAUUGUUAAGAAAUAAUGAGGGUAAUUUAGACGACGAACAUAAUUCAACUAACUUAGAAAAGGAAAAGAACAUGAAAGGGAUUGUGAAAGUUUUAGAAAAUAAACUGAAAGAUAAAAAAGAAAAUUAUAAUGAGGUGGAAUACAUAGAAAAACAAAAAACAAAGAAUAGCGAAGAGAUUCGGACAGCCCAUUUGAAAGGUAUGGACAACCCUUUUUUGUUGAAAAUGACAGGAUAUUUGCAAUAUAUUUUGUUCAGCUAGAAAUGGGGCACAAUGAAGAUUUUUUAUUUUAAAUUUUAAGAGGAAACAGUAGCGAUUAACAGGUAGCCAAAACGCGUUCCAAGAUUUCGGCUGUAAUUUUAAAUAUUUUUUCGAGAUAUUUGGCACACGUAUUCGUAAUAUAAUAAAGAAUGACGGUACAGAGCCCAAUUUGAAAAAUAUAUUAAUAUGUGGAAAUUACUCUGUAAUUAAAUACAAUA